CUAGACCCAGGGAGUGGACCCCUGAUGCUCCCUCAGCCCUCUAAGCCAAAUGUGCCCGCAGCCCCAGGUCUGCAGAGUACCCAUCACUGUAGAGUUGGACACCAGAAGCCUGGACAGGAGACAGUCCUCUGUGCUCUGACAUCAAGGUGGCAAUCCAAGCAAGAGCACAUAGGGCCGGCUGCAUCUGCGUAGAAUUCAGAACUCUACUGUCAAGCGCUCACGCCAAGGACGCCAGCUCUCUUCAGCAGGAGGAUUCUGGGUUGCCACCGCUUCGUGCAGAUGGGCACUCGAAGUUGCUUUUCUGCCGCGCGCCCUGCUUUCCCCUCGAAUGUCCUCCCGGACGCGCGGCCUGCGGGGUUUGUUAUUGUGCGAGCACCGGCCGCUGAACGGGUGCUGGUGCUUGGCGCGUGCCCGUCGGUACCGCACCGGGAGCGCGCUGCGCGGAGUGGGGCGGGGCUCGGGAUUCUCGACACCUCAGCCUGGCCCGAGAGCCGGGAUUGGUCCGGACGCCGAGAGCGCGCGAGGGCGCGGCUCUUAGGGCCGGGCGGGGGGCACGCGCGGCGCCGGCGGCGGCCGCGGAGGAGCGCGGGGAGGAGCGCGGAGGAGGAGCGCAGGGAGGAGGGCAAGGGGAGGGAGGAGGCGCCCGCCGGGCUCCCUGCAAAGCGGCCUUAUUUAUCUGGGCACAGCCUCAGCCUCCCCGGUGGGAGGCUCAGGGCGGUAGAUCCUCUCCCACCGGGGAGCUCCGCUCUGGGCUCUGCCGAGAGGGCCCUGGCGCGGAGCGCCGGGCACCGGGCGCAGUCGGGCCCUGCUAUCCAGUCCAGCACCUCGUCCGCCUCCGCGUUUGGCGGCUCUGGUGCUGGGCUCCCCAUGACGCGAGGUCGCCCGGCGGACAGCGUGGCAUGA